AUGUCGGCUUUCUCAUUAUCGAGGACCGAGAGUCCACAGGCUUUCGUGUCUAGUUUUGCGCCGCGUGUUCGUACAUACCAGAACUCGCUGCUAACACCGGCACUGCAACCACAAAAUGCCAUCGCGCCUUUGCGCACGACAAAGCGCGGUACUACCGCCAUCAACUACUCCGAGGACCUCGAGACCGAUAGUCUCGUAGAAGACAGCGAUGCUCCGCGACGACCCACCGGCCUGCGCAGUCUGCGCCAAAACGAGUCGCAGACAACCGUCACAACUGGAGCGGUUCAGUCGACUGAACUGACGAACCCCGUCGACGUGCAAGGCAUCUGGCGCGAAUGGAUGGGCAAGCCCAAGAAGGCAAUGACAGAAAGACAGGUCAUGCUGCAAGCACAACUCCCUUUCAACCUCGUACCCAUCCGCAUCGACCUGAGCGUCAACCCUUUCCAACCAGAGGCACCUCUACCCAAGCCCAACAAUGCGCGCGAACUUGGCGUCGACGAGAACUCGCCCGCAUACAAGGCCCCAGACAUGACACCCGAGUUCCGUAUCAAGGACAGCUUUCUGUGGAACCUACACGAGUCUCUCAUGACACCCGAUCAGUUCGCAAAGGUCUUUGUCGACGAAUUGGACUUCCCUCUGGAACGCCGUCCCGCUCUGGCCCUCCAGGUAUCUCAGCAAAUUCGCACACAGCUCGAGGAACACGCUGCCGUUGUUAUGCACCCGCUGUUCAACCCUACACCCACCACCGACACCCGCCCCAUCUCGACUCGCCCUCCCCUCUCGCGCGAAGUUUCCUCUACACCCUUCGCAAACACUCCCGCUGCACAACAACCACAGACCAACGGCGUCAACACUCCCAAUGUUGCCCAAACACCCUUGCCUAACGACGCUAAUGUAUCCGCCGUUGCGCAACCUCUACCUCCUUCCUCCGUACACAGCCCCGACGACGCCUACCGCUGCAUCAUCUCGCUCUCGAUCAAUCUUAUGAAUAGACUUUACACAGACAAGUUCGAGUGGUCCCUCAUGCACCCGCCUGGCUUCCCCGAAAUCUUCGCCAAACAAACUUGCGCCGACCUUGGUCUGUCAGGAGAAUGGGUGCCUGCAAUGGCUCAUGCUAUAUAUGAAGCUGUCCUGAAGCUGAAGAAAGACUACUGUGAGAACAAUGGCUCGUUGCUUGGUGUUAUUGGCAGUGGUGUUGAUGCUUGGGGUCAAAUUGACAAUGAGGCUGCUGAAGUACACGGUGAUGGCGCACUCGCAAUUGGAGAAGCAGCUGGAUGGCGUUUUGACAACGAAGACUUGGGAGCUGAAUGGCAACCACGCGUGGAAGUCUUGAGCAAAGAGGAGAUCGAGAAGCGUGAAGGAGACCGCGAGCGCCAGAUCCGUAGAAUGAGACGUGAGACGGCUGCGCGUGCUACAAACGCUGGGUUUGCACCUCCGGCUGCAUUGGGCAACGACUACUUUGGCACUCCAGCCGGCGCUGGCGAGGAAGAAAGAAUGGGCAGAGGCGAGAGAAGCAAGAAGAAGAGGCGCUUCCGCAGUCUCAGUCCAACGGGUCGUGAGACACCCGACUUCACAGCUGCCUUUGGUGGCGAGCAGGGCAAGUUGACCGAGUCAGAGCGUCCCGUCUGGCAAUGCAAUCACUGUCGUAUCGGUGGAAGUGCCGUCUGGGCUGUGCGUGACGGACCUCAAGGACCUAGAACACUCUGUAACAACUGCGGUCUCCUUUACGGACGCGACAAGCGUCUGCCACCCUGGGCAAAGGACCUCUACCUGAUCGAACAACCCAAACCCAGCAGGUAA